GCUAUUAUUAUAUAGAUCCAUGCACUGUGAAGCCGCCUCAACAGAUCAAUCAGCUCGCCAAACAUUUCAGUUGGGAAAGUGACGCACCUUACGGUUUCUAGAGAUAAUGGGUAUCAUUCUGGGCAUAGAGGCAAUUGUCGGUAUAAUAGAGGGCGCGGAGGCAGCAGCGGCUGCCGCAGAAGCCGGCGAAGCAGUUGCUGGAGCCGCUGAGGCAGGGGAAGCAAUCAGUGCUGGCGCCGAGGCAGGCGCUGAAGCCGGGACUGAAGCCGGAACCGAGGCGGGCGAAGCGGUAGCCUCGGGCGGCGAAGCCUUGUCUCAGAUCUUGGCAAAGAUCAGUGUUGCAAUGGAGAAGAUAAGCAAACUGGUGGCUGAGUAUGAGGCCAUCAAUGCUGUCUUCAAGGCAGCGGAUGCGAUCUUGAAAGACAUCACCUCAAAUCCCGCGGCUAGGGCUCUGGCCAAGAAGCUGGCUAAUCUUAUCGGCGUUCUGGUCACUUGCUCAAGCCUCAUGCAGGAUCUGUACAGCUGGUUGAAAGAGAAUGCUAACGACACCACCACUCUGCAGGGAUUUCAAGUUCCCUUGAGUGGCAUACUGUCCACGUUCCUGCCGAGCCUGGGAGCGGCAUCUGGAGUCCUCCAGUCUCUUUCGAAACAAGUGGCAGCGGAGAACCUGCGAAAAGAUCCUGUCACAUCCGGCGAGGUUGAAGCCAUACAGAAGGGUCUGGACACCGUGGCUCAGAGUUUCCAGUCGCUCGUUACAUUCAAGGACCAAAAGGCUUCCACGGUGAAAGCGCUGGCAAGCAUGCCGAUCGAUAACACCCAAGUAGCCGCAAUUACCAAUCAGCUGGCGGCAGCGUAGGCCAUUGUAGCCUGGGUCCAAUUCCUUGGAGCUAGCUGCGUAGGGCCAAACAGUGCUGAGCAAGAAUCAGCUGGUAUGGGAACCACUGAAAACAAAACCAUUACACAUGCAAUUGUGGCAGGUAACCAAUUUUUGAAGAGCAAAACUGUAUUGCAUGUGCUCAGCAAAGGUUUAGUCCCAGUAGUUCUGCUGAAUUGGCCUCAUUGGUUUGGUUAUUGCUGAGAAAAGCAGAUUUAGCUAUUUUGCUGAAAUUACUUUACUAGAGCUUAUUCUUUAAUACGCUGUUUCUUUUGAAUUUUUCAGUUAAACAAUGAUUACGCAUUAAUAGAAGCGCAACUGAGCAUUGUUAUAAUUUACAGUUAAUUUCUCCGUCUCUAAAUUGUUCCACUAUAUAGAGUGAAUGCAUAAACCCAUGGGCUUUUUCAUUUUCAUGAGCCAAACAAAACUGUCAGACACACAACGUUGUUUGGCCUCUGACAAAUCAGAUAUUUCCACUUUCCUGGAGAGAGUUUCAUGCUUUUCAUGCAUAUACUAUUAGCUAACAUUCAUUGAAAAAAUAAGUUUGUUUUGCACGAUGAUGACUUCACGGUUGCCAGUAAAAUUGCAGCACGCGUAGAAUGUGUGAUUUCUUGUCGCAUCUCCUUUAAUAUAUAGCAUUGUCAAACGUACGUAUUUUUCGGGUGCGUAUACAAAACGAUUUUGACCCAAUCACUGAAUGGGUGUUUUUUUUUUCUUUCUUUCUUUUCGGACAUUUCAAAACAAUGAAGGGUUCGUUUUUCCUUUGUUUCUGUACACGAUCUCAAAACAGUAUAGUUGUUCGAAUGUACAUGGACUCUGCACUGUCGUUAAUUGAUAAGAUGUACAGAUGAGGGCGUGCCGGAAAACCUGCCAUUGACCCCAUACUCGAUGUUGAAGAUUUUACUUCUACGGAGUAUGCAUGUCCCUGUCUCAUGUUUUCUGGAUUUAGGUUGAAUAGAAAGUAGGUUUGCGGUAGCACCAUGGACGUAUCUCUUUUGUGAGUAUUUGCGGUUCUGAAAAGAACCAGUGGUACUCUAGGUGGUACAUUUAGGUUGGUUUUCGUCCACUAGACCCACACAUAUCGGUUACUACAUAAAACAGUGAUACGUACAGAAACUUAAUUCCAGUGCAAAGAGAAUACUUCUUAUAAAAACAGCAUAUGAAAAAAAAUUAAGUCGAUCAUGACAGAAGACCCACAAUAGCGGCAAAGGAGUACUUGGUCAAGGUCAAAACCCGGGUAUAGGCCUACGUUCUCUUCUCCAGAAAAAAUCUUGGUGUUGAGAUAUCUCUUUCUGUGAUUAUUUUCAUAAGGCUAUGAUUUUCAGAGUCUGGGACUUAUUAAAAAUCAUUGGAUUUCCAAAAAGUACUGAUUAGCAAAAGGUGACCCUGCACAGGAGCUCUGCACAGGAUUUCAAUUUGAAACAAACGCACCCACAUGAUGGUUUUAUCAAUGUCACGCAUAUUCGGAUUUUUUAACAUCCACUUUUCGAAAAACACCACUGUUGUUAUUCAGGAGAACUUGAAAAGAACUUUCAGCUCGAGGUACAGUUUAGAAAGUGACUGACUUAUUAUAAACCUUUGGAGUCCCACAAAGCACUGACAAAAGAAAGUAAAACUUGCGAAUAUCUGGGUGUUUAGGUUACUUAGAUCCUUUCUACUAAAAAAUGUAAUACUUGACGCAGGUGCACAGGUUUGACAGUGAUUAUUAAUGACCCUGAUAACAUAAACAUGUGAAGCCAUUUUGCACUUUCACGCAGUGAAUGUGGUUGGCUAUAUUACUGCCAGCAUUGUAUUAAUCGUCCAGUAAUAAUCUUGUUGGCCACUGUGAGUAACCGCUGAAGCCCACUGGUCAUCCGUCCGGUACUUUGCCAAGUUUGAUCAGCAAGCCAACCGAUAUGAUGAGUGCAGAGGCCUGACAGACACGCAUCGUCUUCUAGUAUAGCGGGCUUCCAUGCACCGAGACUGAGUUUCGCCGCUGGGGUGCCGUGAUUUGAAAAGUUUUAGACUUAUAACAGACGUUGGAGUUCUAAAAGUACGGGUUGACAAAAGACCCAGACGAAACCCCACAGAUUUCAAUCAAAAGCCGACUGUGUAAACACAAAAACCCGCUUGAUUAAAGAUCCAGGUUUCUACAGCCUUUAGAAAAAAAUAGGCUGUAUUGUUGCCGCAUUAAUCCCUCCUUAUGAAGAAAGAACGUGUACAAUGACGUUUGACGCAGGUGUAAAGUUCAGAACUUGCGCUUUGACAUGAAUGUUAUAACUCUGAAUACUUGAAGCUCAUUUUCACGAAGCAGUUUUUUCCUUUUAUUUUUACUUCCCACUCAAGGAUUGUCUUGGUUUUUAUCCUUUUGUGCACAGAAAUAAUUUUUCAAAUCGCAUCAAUCGUAACUACACAUCCUGGGGAGAAACAGUGCACAAAAUAAUUAAAUCUCUUCUAUUCUUGAUCAAAACUUUAA